GGUGUUUGUUCCUGCAUGUUGAUUCACAGACUGUCAAGAUGUCUGACAAGGUGAUGCAAGAAUUGUUGUCGUUGGAAAAGUGUCUGGGAUUGAAAAGGACAAACAAGUUCAGCACUCAAGGAGACAAAAAGGUUCCAAUUCUUCAGGCAAAUAAUGGGCCGAGUUUAAUGGGACUGACAGCCAUUGCUGCUCACCUAGUGCAAGAAGCUCAACAGAAGCAGCUGCUGGGAAGAACAGCAGAAGAGAAGGCAAUUAUGCAGCAGUGGUUAGAAUACAGAGUAACCCAGAUAGAUGGCCACCGUGGUAAAGAUGAGACCAGAACUAUUCUCAAGGAUCUUAACCACUAUCUCGAAGAUAAAGUUUACCUGGCAGGAAAUAACUUCACUUUAGCAGACAUUUUAGUGUACUAUGGCCUUCAUCCUAUUAUGACUGAGCUUGCUGUCCAGGAGAAGGAGAAGUAUGUAAAUGUGUCCCGGUGGUUUGACCACAUUCAAAAUUACCCAGGCAUCCGCCAGCAUUUGCCUCCUGUAGUGAUGAUGAAGAACCGGCUCUACACGAGUGGUCACUAGGAGAAACCUGUCUUAUGCAUGAAUUUAAAUAAGAACUACUCAUUGGGUUACGAAUAGGGAAUAUCGCAAUAUACUAUCUGACUGUACAACAAACUCAUAUGUCUGUCUGUUAAAGUUGCUGGCCAAAAAGUUUUCACAACAGACCAGAAUUGUACAAUGUUAAGGAAGUCAAGGUAGAACAGAACUGAAAACAGGCAAAGUCCUUCGCUUAACAAAACAGAGUGGGGUAUGUUUUUAUGAUCGAAACAUCACACCCCUUUACUGGAUUUUGUGAAGGUAAUAAAGUGGUCUGUAAAUCACACCUGAGAAUAAAAACUGAUGAGAGCAUUGAAAAAUGUAGUUAGAAACAUUAUAAACAAUAGUUUAGUCCUUAGGAGAUGUUAUGGCCUACAGAAAUAAAUAAAUAAUCUUUAGGUAGUUGGUUCAGAUACUUGUAUUUGGUCUGUUUGCUUCAACAUAUGCAUCCAUUAUUGUAAGAGAAAAUACAUUUUAGGUAUGUCUGGGAUCCUUUGUUCUAACCAUUUUAUUAAUUAUUCAAUGUAAUAUGAGCCUUUCAUCAUCAAAUAUUUGCUGCUUUUUUAUCAUGUUAUGUUAUAAAUUGAUGAAAUUGUGCCAAUAAAAAAAGUUAAAGUGUUUAAUGUGUAAAGCCUAAGGAUUAUGCUGUUGGAUUAAUAUAAAAAUUAUAAUCUUUCAUUUAGUGCUGCAGUUACUGACCAUAUUCUGUUCUAAUGAAAAACCAAAAGUGUAAAAUGAGUAGGAAAAAAAAACAUCAAAGGUUGUAAAACAUGCCUUGUGACUUUCUCAGAGACAAGUUGUUUUUAUCUAUAAUACAGCCACUGUGCUCUUGUUUUACUAAAAAUAAAAAAGGGCAGUUUAUAGAGGAAAGGUCUAUUCCUUGUGUGAGGGCACUGCUCUUUCUGAGCAGACAGGCUGGGACCAUCUUUGAAAACACUUGGUCCUGCUGUUAUCACCUUUGAAAAACAUAAAUUAUUUAUGCUUUAUAGUAUUAAAAAACAACUUGGUUUUCAAUAAAUUAAGAGUUCAUUCUGGGGUCGGCUUCAAUGCUGUAUCUUUCAAUAUGCAAUCAGACAGGAAAAGAUACACUGAACAGAUGUAUUGCUUGUAUCUCAAUUAACUGUUUCUACAUCUAAAUAAAAGUGAAUUGUAUGCA